UCUCUUAAUAAAAUAUAAAAAUUAAAAGUUCGACCCGAAAUAGAAAUAGAGAAUCUUCUUAAUUUUUUUCACCACGAUCCCUCCAUUACAAUUUACACACAGCGUCAGAAAUUUUAUAACCAUUCUCAAAACAAAAAUAAUCCCUCCAAAAAAUUCUAAAACAAAUCUGAGAUCCAUCCUAUUUACACUGUAAUUUACACGCUUCACUUCAUCAGUUCCUUCCUCCUAUACUCAACUCCAUCUCCUGACUCCCUCUCUCUUCUCUUAUUUCUUUCUUUCUCUGUCGAGUUUUACUACAUCAAUGGCAGCUCUGAAUUUAAUACCUGGAAACGACAACGAAGAAAACAUCUCCCCUUCAGAGAUGGCCGCCGUUUCUGUCAAGCGGCCUCAAGAUAAAGACAAAACCAAAAUCAGAUUAAGAAGAAAAAGGUAUACAAGACAGCCUCUUCAAGACAUCACUAAUCUCUUUGUCUCAUCAUCACCAUUGCCCUCUUCGUUUCUGAAUCUUCAUAUGCCCUGUUCGCCAUCUCUGUCACUUGUUCCCAAAUGCAUGAAGAGAAAAGCUGGCGUUGCUCUCAAGGCUGCCACUUCUUCUACCAACUCUUGUAGAAAUUUCAGAUGAUUUUCUUCUUCUUUUUUUCUUUUAUUGAAUUGGUUUUUAGUUCUCUAGAGAAGGUUCACUUAAGAAAAAUACAAGUAUUUAUCAAUACCCUGUCUUUAA